CUUCCAGUGUAGUGCGUUGAUUUCAUACCAAAGUCAUACUUAACAUUCCACUUAUACUGUCAAACCUCUGAGAAAUAUUACGGAAAACAACAAGGCGCCAAAUUACAACAAACUCACUAAAUUGACCCGCUGCUUUCGGCGCACACAGGAAGGUGACUGCCAAAAAAUAAAAAAGUUUACCUGGAUCCAGCACUUCCAGCCUUGGUCCUUUACAAGAGUCCAGCACUUAUUCACACGCACACGCACACACACACACACACACACAUACACAACGAUUUGGAGGAAUACACAACUUCAGUGUGGUUUGGAUCUCUGCAUCCUAAAGAUCUCCAACAGAUCCUUUGAUAUUAGUGUUCGGGGUUGGGCCCAGUGGGAGCCGCCACCAUUGCGUCCAACGAGUGGAGCGCCAACGGUAGCCCAGAAGAUGGGCUGGACGGGGACACCGGGGACAAGAACAUGGACGGGGAUGCAGAGGGUGUGUGGAGCCCGGAUAUUGAGCAGAGCUUCCAGGAGGCCCUCGCCAUCUACCCUCCCUGUGGCAGGAGAAAAAUAAUCCUGUCAGAUGAAGGAAAGAUGUAUGGACGUAAUGAAUUGAUAGCAAGGUACAUCAAGCUGAGGACAGGCAAAACCCGAACAAGAAAACAGGUGUCUAGUCACAUACAGGUGUUAGCACGGAAGAAAGUUCGCGAAUACCAGGCGGGUAUAAAGGUUUCUAGCCACUUGCAGGUUCUCGCCCGGAGAAAAUCUCGCGAGAUCCAGUCAAAGCUAAAGGCGAUGAAUUUGGAUCAGGCAUCAAAAGACAAAGCCCUACAGAACAUGGCUGCACUGUCAUCUGCCCAGAUCGUCUCACCAAGUAUAAUAAAGAAUCACCUUCCACCGCUGCCUCCUGCCCCCUACCAACCACCCAGAUUCUGGCCUGCUCCAAUCCCAGGACAGCCUGGACCCUCUCAGGAGCUGGUUCUAGAUCUCAACCCGGGAAGGACUCCUGGGCUUGGCCGCACCAGCCAUGCCAUCAAACCUUUUGCACAGCCACCGUACCCAAGCCUAGGAGGCCCAGUACCACAGUCCAUACCAAGGGUGCAUGGUUCAGGUUACGAGCCCUUGGCGCCUCCGCCUGCACCAACUGCCACUGCAGUACCGGUAUGGCAGGACCGCACCAUCGCCUCCUCUAAGCUGCGGAUGCUGGAAUACUCUGCCUUCAUGGAGGUUCAGAGAGACCCAGACAACUACAGCAAACAUCUGUUUGUCCACAUUGGACAGACGAACCCCUCCUACAGUGACCCGCUCCUUGAGGCUGUGGACAUCCGGCAGAUCUAUGACAAGUUCCCUGAGAAGAAAGGCGGACUCAAGGAACUUUAUGAGAAAGGGCCUCAGAAUGCUUUCUUCCUAGUAAAAUUCUGGGCGGACCUGAACAGCAGCGGGAUGCAGGACGGCCCUGGUUCUUUUUAUGGUGUCAGCAGCCAGUACAGCAGCGCUGAGAACAUGACCAUCACUGUUUCAACCAAAGUCUGCUCGUUUGGAAAGCAGGUCGUCGAGAAAGUAGAGACAGAGUACGCCCGCCUGGAGGGGGGGAAGUGUGUUUACAGGAUCCACCGCUCUCCGAUGUGCGAAUAUAUGAUCAACUUCAUCCACAAGCUCAAACACUUGCCUGAAAAAUACAUGAUGAACAGUGUUCUUGAAAACUUCACUAUCCUGCAGGUGGUGACGAAUCGUGACACCCAGGAGACCUUGCUCUGUAUAGCGUUUGUGUUUGAGGUUUCCACGAGUGAACACGGAGCUCAGUAUCACGUCUACAGACUUGUUAAGGACUAACAGCUCUUCAGGGAGGUCUUGGAAAAGCAAGACGAAAGCAUGACACAGUCCCUCUUUUUGACCAGCUCAACCGCCCAGGAAAUAAAAAACUAAGAAGACAUUCAAACAAUGCUACAUCAGACUAACAAGGACAGAUGCUUUUUUUAAAGAAAAGUCGCAAGGAAAAAAAGAGUGAAUCUCACCGUGCUGACACGCAAAGAAAUGUUUGAAAGACUAGCUGUUUUCUAUGUGUUUAAACAUGCUUUAGAUGAAGUGGGUUCACUUUUUUGCCAAGGUAAUUGAUGGAGCUUGAAAUGUUUUAUCGAGGGAAUGAGAAAGUGUUUAGGGUGGAAACGACCCUUUUGGUAUCCAAGGGAGCACACUCUGAGCAGCAAGUAACAAGUGUAUACAAGAUUGAAAGAGUAGAGAGAGCAGAACCACAGAAGGGGAAAACCAGAGCCAAGUGGUGAUGUAGCAGUAGGUUUGAGCCUUUUCUCCAAAGAUUAUAUCAUUGCCUGCCACUUUGGAUUGCCUUUUAUUACUACCUCUUGUUUUUGAAUAAACAGUAAAUAGUCAUACUGGUGUAUUUUGUUCAAAAAAAAAAGAAAGAAAGAAAGAAAGAAAAUUAGAAUUUGGAUUGACAUCUAUGGAGGCAGUUUUUGUUUUUGGGCAGAAAGAGGAAUGGGAUGGGAUGACUAAUUUUUAUGUAGCCUUUUGUUUUACAAGAAAAAAGUGUCCCUUGUUUUAGAGUGUACAGGGAGAAGGUUUUUUGUGUUACCAUAUUUUAAGGUUCUGCUUUUUUAAUAUUUUCUUACACAAUUUUUUAAAAAAUCAGGUCUUACAAGCAUCUAUCUAUAACUGCCUUUUGACACUAAGGAUGCCUUGUAUCAUUAGUAGCCGGACAUUAAGGUGAGGCUUUACCAUCCUUAUGAGAUCCCCAGUUUUUUUCUCUUUGUUUGAAGACGUGUGCUUGGUUGCACUUAAAAGAUCCAGAAAGGGGGUUUGAAUCAACAGCACUGCUUAUUUUCUAUCGCCUUGAGUUAUGUAGCCUAAUUAAAAAAAAAAAAAAAAGAAUCAUUUCUGUACUGUGAGUCAGUGGAUGCUAAAGGAAAAUGUGUUACAUAGGAGUAUUUCUUCUGAGGGGGGGGCGAAUGGGACUUUAUGUUCAUAUUUGUGAUCAAUUAACUCAGCACUCAACUCAGACCAUGGCUAAAAGUGAAGAGAAGUUAAUCACUGUUUCUUUUGUUUAAAAAAGAGAUUGUAUGCUGUGAAGACGGCUUGUUUGCUUCACCCUUCUCUGUGUAAUGUAAUGCGGAGAAGUUGCAUUCAUUGAAAAAGGUUCAAUUUUGAUAUUUAAGACACUUUUUUGUGACAUUACACAUGAAUUAAUUUUAAAGUCAAACUUAAUUAACUGUCUUGAAUGAGAGCUAUUGUCUGUGCUGUGGAGCAUGACCAUUGAUUGUUAUUUAUAAGGUUAGUUACCAAGUAGUGGGAGGGCCGGACCGGGUAUUGGAGAUGUAUUGAUCAUCUUCCAUUGAGAUGGAGAUGUUAAAAGUAUUGCAGGACUCAAACUACAGACAGGAAUUGCCUGUCAUCCCAUGGGUCCUGCCAGACAUAGGUCUAUACUCUAUGUGGUUCACUGGACAAUUCUGCUACAGAAGUUCAAAUUAAAGAUGUUGUAUGUUGCAAUAAGAAUUGCACCUGGCUUUGAAUGUCAAAUUUCACAAGCUACAUACAAAAACACUCUUCCUCUAGCAGGUUUCUCAGUUUAUCUUUUAUACAGACAUUUUUUUUUCCCAUUAUUAAGAUUAAUGUUUUGUUGUCUUUUGACUUUCAGUGUUUGCCAUAUGCUUCACUGAAAAUAAUGUGUGAGUGUGCUGAUAUUGAAAUUAAUAAUGAGAUAUCUAAUGUACCAUAUUCUGAAUGGUGUGGGCGUUGUUUUUGUUUGUUUUUGGUUUAAGGUGGUUUAAUAUUGUCUUUGUUACCAUUGUGCAUUGCAAUUUUAUACUUCAAAGUAGAGGUUGGACUAUAUAAUCAAACAAAUGUAUCUAACAAUAAGACGCAUGGUGCCUUUGGGGCCAUUCCCCCCUAAAAACGUAUUAAACAUGUUUGUAAAUUUG